UGUCGCUCAUUAGAGGUAGAAGAAGAAGAGGGACGGUACCUGAUGACAGCCGACGAGAACCGCUCCCCCACAGCAGCAGUCAGUAAACUGGUUCUAACGAAGACAUUAUCGGACAAUUCGGUGAAAAUACAGUAGGGACGUUUCUCAACCUUCGCCGUUCACGGGAGGCACGUUUUACAACUUUUAGCCGAUUAGCUCGGUGGUUGUUCACGCCGAUAGUCCAACUAAUGUUAUCGUUGGCGCUGAUGGCAAACUGAGUGAACACUGUUGCUUCGAGUUUUAGCCUCGGUAACGUUAGCUAUACCGUUAACUGGGUUAUCUGCCAAGCAAAGGCGAGAUCCCCUCCGUGUUUACGGUGACAUCGUGCAGACAGUUGCCCUCGCCUGUCAGGUUCUCGACAAAACGCCAGGUAGACGAGUACUACGUAAGGAUGGGUGACAUAAACCCAUCGACAUCCCAUGCAUUUCAAUCUGAGGACUUCAGUCCGCCGUACCGGAGGAGAAGGACCGUGGAGGAUUUUAACAAGUUUUGCACUUUCGUCUUGGCCUACGCUGGGUACAUACCAUACCCCCAGGAGGACUCUCCUUUGCGUAGUAGUUCCAGCCCCCCCAAUAGUACGGGCAGUACAGCUGAUAGUGAUACCUGGACCCCAGGACCCCCAACCUCCUGCCCCCAGCGUCCUCCCAAGGUUCCUCAGGAUAGGAGCAGGAAGCGUCCACCAUCAGGAGCCACACUGUCCAGUCACACUAAGAAAGAUCACACAAUCACAAGCCUGCACCCAGAUGACCGCAGAAAAGCUGACAAACUGAAGAAGAAGAGGAGGCGAAAGGAGAGGGAGCAUCAGGCCAGUGGGGAAAGUGAGCUUCCGCAUGUCCACUCAGAGGUCCCAGAGCUACAGAGCUACCCAAUCUCCUUUGGUGGGCGAAUGAUCAAAGAAGAGCCUGAAGACGACAUCAGCAUUCCCCUCCACCCCCAGCAGCUUCCCACCCCGCCUCCCUGCAAGGAGGAGCCCAAGGAGGAGCGACGAUACUGGGAUGGUCGAGACCUAGAAGAGGGGGUGGUUAAAGUACAGAAAGUGGAGGGCUUUGCAGGAAGCAGAACAGUGUUCCGUCAGGGAAAGCAAGUGGUGUUCCGAGAUGAAGAUGGCUCAGGAGAGGACGAGGACAUCAUGGUAGACUCAGAUGACGAUUCAUGGGACUUGGUGACGUGUUUCUGCAUGAAGCCCUUCGCAGGCCGGGCCAUGAUUGAGUGCAACAAGUGUAACACCUGGAUUCACCUGUCGUGUGCCAAGAUCCGCAAGAGUCACGUGCCAGAGACAUAUGUGUGCCAGAGCUGCAGAGAGUCACACGGAACUCCAGACACCCGCCGCUCCCACCGCUCGCGCACAGGCUCACGCAAGCAUCUGCUGGACUGACCCCAGGUCAAAUUCUGAACUCUGACCCGUCCCCGUCUGCUUUCUCUCCACCUGCUGGACUGACCCCCUUCCUCAAAAUCAGGUCUUGCACCCCCUGUCCUCUGUGGUCAGCCAUAAAUCUGCAUUUUUUUAUGAACUUUGGUGGACCUAUCCCAAGCCCUUAUGCCAUUUGAAAACAAUCUGAGACCUAUUUUAGAGUUAUUAAGGUUUGUUUCUGCUUCCCUACAGACUCUUGCGUAAGGCAAUCACUAAAUGGAUGUCUGUCUGUAGUUGACAUUAGCAUAGCAGCAAACCACUACUGUUGGGACUUGGUGUCUCAUGAACACUGGAAACAUUUGAACUGCCAUAUAAAGAGAACCCCCCUUACAACUGCCACCCACUACUGGUGCAUGCUGGGAUUCAUGGGAGAGAUGGUUUGCACUUGUUUUUUUGUUCACCUCACCUUUCUGUCACAGGGACAGCUGUGUCUUUCUAAUUAAACUGGAUUUGUUUUGUCUAAGAUGCCUCCAUUAAUGUUACAUAAUUAACCGUUUAAAACAAGAAAACAAGUUAAGCCUUGUGUAAUUGCUUCAGAUGGUGCUAUAGUAUUAAGCUGAGGUAUAAUCCAGUAGAACAAAGAUGUAAGAUAAGAGACUAGAGUCAGCAUCUGCUUCAUCUGUUUGUUGUUCUGUUUUGUUAUUUAAGACAUUGUUAAAGAAUAUAAUUGAGGCUUUAAGCCCCUGCAACUGAAUUAAGCUCUUGUAUCUGUCCCUUUUACUACAUGCUGUCUUCCAGCCAUGGCUGCUCUGAAUCAAGAUGUUACUUGGCCAAACGAUUUGAACAAUGUUCUUAUUUAACCAGAAUGUUUUUUUUUCUUUACAACAAAGAACUUGUUAUUCAACAGUAAAGGAAACAGCCAAGUGGCAAUUUUAAAAUGACCGGACAGUUUGCAGUGAAGGUGUUUUCUGUUUCCUCUAUUUUGCUGCAUUUCAUGACACUGACAGGUGUAUUGUUCAUAAAUACCUUUAUGUAAAUGUUCCUAAGUUUUCAAUGACUUCUUGCUUAAGACAAGGCGCCAGACAAAUGUAUUUAUGGAAGGGAACUCCUAUGGCCGUCCUGUGGUGUUAGAGAGAAGAGUACAGUUGGAAUUAUGCAUGUGAGUAUGAAUUUGGCUGAAUGAGCACCAUUGUGUGAGGUUGUUGGCAAUGCAUGUGCUGUUAUGAGUUGUCUCAACUAAACUCCAGUUUCUGGUCCUGUUGUAAGAUUUGCAGAGUUGGGUUGCUAUUUGUUCAGAUCCCUGCUUUUCUUCCUCACUAAACCUGCAGUAUUCAGUUCCUUCCAUAUGCAGAAGGUUUAAUGAAAAAGGGCACUUUUUGAUGCACUUGCUGCAAUUUGGAAGAAGGAUUUUAAGCUUUGUUACUCAUGUGCCAUCUGCUGUGGAGCCUGUCUGUGUAGGCUACAUAUUAUUUGUGAUUAUAUAAAAGCCAUACUGUAGAGAUAUCCAGAAAUGUGGAUAUUAGCGCAGAAUCUGGGUUUUACAAUGCAGAAUCAAUGAAUAGACCAGAGAACGAUUAACACACAAUGUUUUCGCUUGUAAAGAACACAAGACUUUCCUAGAGUUUAGUGGUUAAGCUCAUCUGCACUCUUGUCUUCUGGUAUUUACAAAUGCUGGGUUACUGGUUUGUAUUCGCUGAGGUCACGUUCUUUUCCAGACGUUCGAUGACCUAAAGUCACUUGCCAUUUCUCAAGACCUUCAUGUCUUGUAGAGAAACUGAAGACACCUUUUAGAAACUAAUUUUAGUCAAUGUCUUCAGUGUAAUUAGUGUUAACAUUGCUCAUUGUGAUACAGCUAUUAUUCUGAUCCUGGUUUGUCCUAUCUACUUAUUGAGAAAGCGUUGUCUGUACUGUGGCGCCAACUGUUUCUGUGAAACUAUUUUAAAUAAAUAAUUACCAUUUUAA